AUGUUCAAAGCUACUGCUCCGUUGCAGAAGAUGCUGCGGCGCCUGCCGCUGUCGACGAAACAGGCGGGCAAGGAGUACUACAAGGGCAACAAGGUCGGGAAGCUGGGCACGAUUACGAGAUAUGGCAAUUUCGCGCCGGACUGGAGCGCGAUACGGACAUAUGUCUAUCCGCAGAUGGGCACCAAGAACAGCGAGGUACGAUCCCCAGGAGACGCAGUCCGAAGGAGUGGCGGUGGAGGCAAGGACUACCUGGAGGCGUGGAAGCUGUCAGGAGGACACGAUGUGGUGCAAGAAGAUCGGGGGCCAACCAGUCUCAACAUACCUGUGCCGUUCGAGGAGAGACCUGCUACAAAGUCAUAA